CGUGCUUCGGUGAAUGUCAGAAUCAAAAAGCUUUGUGCAAUGUUUGAUUAAUGGCGUUCAAUUUUGCCGUGAUAGAAAAGUGAAAAAUUUGCACAGAAAAGUAACACGAAUUCGCAACCAUUUGGCAGGGUGACGGUCAAAACUUCGGUCCGGGUGGGAUGGAGCUGGUGAAGGAAAGGUUCUGGAUGCUAAUCCAGCGCGAUGUGGGUCUCAUUCCGGAGCAUAUUAUGAACAUACUGGAUUUUUGCGGUUAUUCUGCAAAUUGUGCCUUGGAAGCGAUUAAUGAUGAGAAGUUAAAAAUCAUCGAGCGGGAAGCUAAAGAGAUUCCCCAAAUUUUGCGCAUCUCGGCCAGUGACGAAGAGCAGAUGAAGAAGUAUUUUGGCAAAUUUUAUCGCAAUCCUCAAAACUUCCACAUUCUGAGCGGCGAAGCGCAACAGAUCAAAAUGAUUGGCGUCUAUCUUCGCCAGAAAGGCAUCGGCAGCUAUCUCAAGCUGGACGAACUGACCAGGAUGAGGGAACGGCGUCGAAAGGAGGUGACGGCCACCGUUGAGCCAGUUGGCGGAACGGUUGAGGAACAGAGUCGCUUGCUGGCCGAGCGGAUACAUACAUUUUAUUUUAAUCGAUGCGAUGGAUCGCCUACAAAUGUAGAAUUUUGUAACAUGGUCAGCUCGGUACAGGUUUCAGUCGAAAUUGGAGAUGAUGGCAAUUUGAUCGGGUACGUGAUCUGUCCCCUGUGUCAAUCCGAGAAGAAGCUGCGAGUAUCGCAAGAUCGAACCGGUCAUUGGGUCCUUGCAAACAUUGUGUCCCACAUGAAUCGGCAUCUGGCAAAUAUGUGCAACCCGAGUCAAAAUCUACCGGAGGAUCCCAAUUCAAUCAAAAAGGUGAAACUAGAACCACAGGAUUUGGACGAUUCCUCCCACUAUGGUGCGAAUCCGUAUGGAUUUACAAUGAGUCUGACGUGAACUGAUCUACUGCAAUUAUUGCGUUAAUGUGACUGACAAGUAAGUAUUCCCUACGGUUACAGACAUACAUAGGUAGUUAGGCUCGGACUGCCAUUGAAUCAGUAUUUUAAUGUUCUUGUGGUACUAACACCAUAGCGUUUUUAUUUUCCGAACAGUUCCUUGUGCUUGUCACGUCAUUUAGUUUUACUUAUGUGUUAAAUGGAAUCGGAUAGUAUAUAGUUUUAUAUCUGUAUAUUUUUUCAAGGUGGGUACCAAUAUUUAGUAAUCCACAGAUUUCAAUUUGGACCAACGACAGAGACAUUUAGGUUCAUUAUCUAUGAGUCAAUAAACCUAGGAAACGCA